GCGGGCGGCGGCAGUCCGCGGCGCGCCGCGCCGGAGACAGCCCGCCGCGCCAUGAGGGCGCGCGCGCUGCUGCCACUGCUCGCGAUCCUCGCCACCGCCUCCAGGAGCCAUGCCGAGAAAAGCAAGUUCUAUUACAUGGACUCACUCUGCAAGGACCACUUCUUGCAGCGACAGUACCGCAAGUUGGACGGCGGCGUGCUGUGGUCGCGUAAUGAGCGCAACCUGGACUGCACGGUGACCUUCCAGACGCACAGCAUCCUCCAGAGGUUUAUGCUGCAUUUCGACCUACUGCAGCUCGACUGCAACGAUCACCUCUACGUGUAUGAUGGCGCGCAUGCCACUGCGCCGCCUAAGGCGGACCUCUCCUGCCGCAACACGAAGCAGCAAGUUGGUGCCCUCUUCACUCGCAGCAACUUCGUGACCCUCAAGUACGUCACAGACAACUGGGGCACCGACGCCAACGGGUUCAAACUCGUCAUCACUUCCGUUAAAGACCCCAAGCACGGAUGCAAGGAGUUCCGUUGCAAGCAGCGCGAGUUCUGCGUGAGCGCCGACCUGACGUGCGACGGCGUGGAUCACUGCGCAGACGGCUCCGAUGAGGACACCGCCUCGCUCUGCCCCGAGACGGGCGGCGGCGGCGCCGGCAACGCGUGGGUGGUGGUCGGCGCAGGCGCCGCCGCGCUGACGGCGCUCGUGGCGGGCGCGGCGCUGUGCUGCGCGUGCCGCCGCCGCGCCGCCAACCAGCGCACGCAUCUACACUUACAACAAAUGGCGAGUAGCAACGGCGCCGGCGCAUGCAAGCCGGCGCCUGGCUCGCCCAGCGGCAGCGAAACGAGACUGCCGGGAAACUGGGCGCACCCUGCGGGCCCGCGCGGGUACAGGGCGGCGCGCCCGGGCCGCCUCCGGGGGCGGGCGUCGCGCUGAGCGCCGCCCCGCACAAGGACGAGUGGUUCGUCUGAGGACGAGUGUUCGUCUGAGGCGGCCCGGUCGGGCCCGCAGGGGGGGGGGCGCCGUACCGGCCCCCGAUCUCCGUUCGCCGCCGCCAUAGCGCCCCGCCGCACCCGCCUUCAACGCAGCGCCACCGCACCACCCGCGCUUUGAGCGCCCCCGACGUACCCGCAACACAGGAUCACACACCUCGCCGUCUUUUACCCCAUCAAGCGUUACAUUAUUACAAUGACUGUGGAGUCAGUCACUGUCACUGUGCUCCUGUGCUCCGGCUUGCCUCUCAAACGGAGAACGCCGGCUCGAACCCCAAUGAGUUAUUAAUUUACCUUAAGUGCAGUUUUCACUAGCACAGUUGGCUCGACCAUUAUAAACGGCGAUACGGCUCACCUAUCACGUUGGUCUAACAGAAAGCUCGGAGAACUGUGGGUGCUUAGUUCAUCUUACGAUGGAUGUACCUUUGACUACCUUAUCGUGAGCUUAUGUUAUGUAUUCGAAUGACAGCAGGGCAGAAAUAUACCAUACAGCGGUUAGACAUAUCUCUCAUCUCUUUCGCACGCAAGUGUAUACUAUAUUUUUGUCCUGCUGUCAUCGCGCUGUCAUUGUAAUUAUGUUACGUUUAAUGAGGUUUAGCGACAAAGGCCGGUCGCACUUUUGACGCGUUUCCGUACGAAUUCGACUGUUGGCGUUCCUCUUUCACAAACAGUUAUGUAAGAGCUUAGGAAUAUGCUUUAUCAUAACUGGUUAUGAAACUUUUGUAACUCCGGUCAAAAUAAGCCUCGUCAAAAAAGAAAAGAAACUUUCGUAACGGACGUGGCUGAAGCACACUGGACCAACUUUGCACCCAGUGUACGUGAUAACAUUUCGAUUGGUCGGCAGGUUCGUACGACGCGCAAGUUGAAUUCGUAUGUAAAGUAGUAUAAACUGCCACCGGCCUAAAGCUAGGACGGCGUUCACUAGAUUGGGUCCAAAAACUUCAAACUUGGUAAUCGAUGUAACUCAAACCGAACUAUGCAGGAUUCCCCAAUAUACCUACACUAACUUCGAGAGGAAUAUGCGAAGUUUGAAACGUCAACAAACUGAAGAUUGAGUGAACUUUGGUGCCGCAAGAAACUCAUUAGACUGGUUCACAGAAUGGUUCAGACGUUAUUAAGUAUUUGGAAUAUGAAGCGUGGUACUCCGCGCUAAGAAUCAGGUUGCAAUAUCGAUGUGAAGGAUGUGUUCAUACUGAAGUAGACAAUAGUACCGACUUAAGUGGCGUCGACGUUGAAGAAGGUUCGCGGAACGGGGAUACACCGGUGAUACGAAUUAGUAAUAUCAUGAGACUCAGUGAUGUGUAUCACGUAGUAAUACUACAGUGAAUGCCCGCGACAAUCGCUUGUCGCGCGCAGAUCACGCGGGCGCGGGGCGGGCGUCGUUUCCGUGCGUUACAAUACUAGCCUAAUACGGUGUCGCACACGCGUGUCGCAAGAGACGCGUGUUCGACGUCGAUGUAACUUUUAUAAUAAUUUGUUAACGACGUCUUCAAUACAUAGCUCUAAUAGUGAAUAAGGAGGAAACGGCGGUCGCAGCGCCGCCCGCGCAUAGUUUUUCCACAAAUAUCAACUGUGACCUGCUACGCAUAUCGUGAAGUAUCUCGCGACGUAAUGUAUCAGUCGCGUCGCGGUAUAUGUCGCGGUGCGCUCGCGGCCGCGCGCGCUCUCGGCGCACAGUGCGCAUGCGCGGCAGCGACCGCACCCUGUAUUAUAAAGAAUCUAUCCGAACGUAUCUAUGUAUGUAAUACCUAAUUUUAGCGAAGGUUUUUUUAGGUGAAUUUUUACUCGUUUAGUGGAAGGCGCUCGCGCAGGCGUGCGCCACACGCGUGUCGUGGGUGUCCAGUUUUUGGUGUUACGAUAAACGCAAUGUAAAUUUAUCGAUAUGACAUUAAACAUUUUUGGCUUAUUGUUCGUA